AUGGCUGUACAAGUUCAUCCACCAUUAGAGGAGAAAGAAACUAAUAUGUUCUUUGUAAAUACUCUAAGGGCCCCAUUCUUUGGACAUCUUAUUGGAAAUUCGUCCAAGAAUUUUGCUGAUAUAGUCAACGUAGGAGAAAUGAUUGAGAUGGCGAUCAAAAGUGGGAAGCUAGACGGGGGAGAAUCUAGCCGAAAGCCUCCAGCAAGAAUGAAGGAUAAUGAGGUCAGUAAUGUGAAGAAAUAUGAUUCUAAUAACAUUACAGUAUCUCGACCACAAGCCACUGUAUCGUCAACAUUAAAUCCUGUCCAGCAAGGGGCGAAAGAACCAAGACAGGAAAAGGAAAGGGGUCAAUUUGACCCUAUCCCCAUGACCUAUAAAGAACUAUUGCAGAUCCUGUAUGACAAACAUGUGAGAUUAAGACAAAGAAAUGUCAUCAAUUUCGGUGACAGUGAGAAGCCCAAUGUGGCUCAGAACCCACUGCCGAAUUAUGCAGGGACAGGGGUUAAUGCUGUUAUUGAAGAAAAAGGGAACGGAGUCAUUACCAAAGUCAAAGAAGUGAAGUCACCCAUGCAUUGGGUAUGGGGGAAAAUGGUCAAAAUAGGUUGGUUGACCUUUAAUGAUAAUGGGAAUAAGCAUGCUUGCCCCUACCACCGUUGUGAGGAUCAUGUCAUUCAAAACUGUGAUGAGUUUAAGGCUUUGGUUCAAAGGCUGAUGGAUAGUAAAGACAUGGAAUUUUACCAUGAAGCUAUGGAGGAGGAAGAGGUAGAGAUUUGUGCUUCCGAGGGUACAUCCAAAGGAGUCUACAAUUUCAACUGCCCUCUGGUCCCCUGGAGGUACGAGUGCCAUCUAGGUGAUGUUGGUAUUUCAAAGGAUGCCAAGGAAGAGGUGGAUGAGGUAGGCCACUUCACCAGAAGUGGGAGGUGUUAUUCUCCUAAUCCGACCAGUGAACCCGAAAAAAUAGCAACCCCGGAUAAAGGAAAAAAGGUCGAGAUACAGUUGAAAGAUCAUAGCGAGUACAGCAUCGUCGAGCAACUACACAAGUUGCCAGCUCGCAUCUCAAUCCUGGCUCUACUAUUAAGCUCUGAGGCACAUCGAAACGCCUUGUUGAAAAUCUUGAAUCAGACUUUCAUAUCGAAAGAUAUACCAGUGGAAAAAAUAGACCGACUGGUUGCAAAUAUUCAAGCGGAUAACUUCAUCUCUUUCUCUGAUGACGAGAUCCCGUCCGGAAUGAUGGGCAAUCCCAAAGCCCUGCACAUUACCAUCCAAUGCAAGGGACAUGUGUUAUCGCGAGUACUAAUUGACAACGGUUCUGCCCUGAAUGUGAUGCCAUUAGUAACCUUGAAGAAACUAUCGGUCGAUAGUACACACAUGAGAAAUUGCCAAAGCAUCGUUCGAUCUUUUGACGGAACAAAGAAGGAAGUUUUGGGGAAGAUCGAUAUUCCUUUAACCAUAGGCCCAUCAACCUACGAGGUCGAAUUCCUUGUAAUUGAUAUAAUGCCCUCCUAUAACUGCUUGUUAGGAAGGCCUUGGAUCCACCAGGCAGGAGUCGUUCCAUCUACUCUGCAUCAGAAACUCAAAUUUGUAAUUGAGGGGAGAUUGGUAUGCCUUAAUGCCGAGGAAGAUAUCAUUGCUUCCAUAUCUACUACCGCUCCAUAUGUUGAAAAUAGAUGA